AUGGAGAUAAUCAACGUUUUGGCCUCUCAUGUCAUCCUCAAACCAGUGGACAAGUUGAGGUGUCAAAUCAAGGUAAUUCUUGAGAAGACAAUUGCAAGAAAUAGGAAGGAUUGGUUGGAUAAACUUGAUGAUGCCUUGUGGGCGUAUAGAAUGGCCUUCAAAACUUUUAUUUGCACUACUCCUUACCGCUUGGUUUAUAGGAAGUCUUGUCAUCUCUUGAUUGAGAUUGAGCACCGCACUCAUUGGGAUAUUAAGAGGAUCGAUUUCGAUUUGGCUAGUGCAUUAGAACAACGUUGGCUUGAUCUCCAUGGGUUGGAAAAGUAUGACAAGCUCAUUGAGAAGAUGGAGUUUAAUGUCGGUGACAAAGUUCUUCUCUAUAAUUCGAGAAUGAGGUUAUUUCCCAAAAAGCUGAUGUCAUGUUUGAGCGGUCCUUUCACAGUUCAGGAAGAUAACUCUAAUGGUGUUGUUGAAAUUACUCCUUCGAAUUCCCCAAGAUCUUUCAAAGUCAAUGGUCGUAGCUCAAUAAAUCGAAUUCCCCAAGAUCCUUCAAAUUCUUGA